AUACCCUCAAUGUAUAUAUAAUAGCACACCAGUAGUAUCCCUGCAUCACCAGAAGACAAUACACAGUGCAUCAUCCAGGAAAAAAGUUAGACCUCCCAGUUAAACAUGACACGAACAAUCACAUUGCUGCUGAUAUCCCUAGGUGUGCUCCUUGCCCUGGUAACAGCACAAUCAAAACCUGACUGUAAAGAUGGCAAAGUAUAUACUGAUUGUGGGACCAACUGUCCACCAACCUGCGAGAAGCCAGAUCGUGCAUGCGAUAAAAUGUGUGUUCCAGGUUGUUUCUGCCCAAAGGGCACUGUACUAAAUAACAGGGGUGAAUGUGUGGAACAGAAUAAGUGCUGACUCUGCAGCGGGAACACAACAUAUUCCAAUUGUGCCAAUAACUGCCCUGCUGUUGUAUCUCCCCCAAAUUGCCUUAGAAUACAAUGUAUUCCAGGCUGUGCAUGUAACCCCAACUACGCGCUCGUACCUGACACCAAGAGAUGUGUCCUUCCACAGGAUCUCCCCAAAGUUUGCUCCAACAAGUAAACCAUCCCAUGUGUGUCUUAUUAGCAAUCAUCAAAAUUGAAAGUUUGAGAUGUGUCUGAUGAAAAUAAAAUGAUUGCUGACAUU